AGAACAUCCGCUCUUUACUGGUGGGCUGUCAUCUAUCGCUUCGUUGUCAUCGUCUGUUGGUAGCCCUGCAUCUCACAGCGGACCGAAUAUGGACUAUCAUAGCUAGGUCUGCCAUCUUCAUCGUGCUCUCACCCCCUGCUUGUUGCCUGAUCGUAGCGUCGAACGACUCGUCUAAACAUCUUCCGGACCAUGUUCGUGACUUCACUUCACCGCACCGAAAAGCGUUCGAAGAGCAAUUACACACUCACUCCAUUGAACCAUUUGCACCUUCCUCCACCUGACUCUCGCCAGUGGCAAUCAGCGUGCGCUGUUCGCACCUGCCUUUCACUAUGCAGCAAAGUUCCAUCACGGGCUUCUUCAAGAAGACUCCUCGGCCAAAUGCCUCUCGAGAAGACGGAAACCGAUCAAACAACAACCGACAAGAACGAAGACCGGGACCCUAUCGCUCUCGCAGUGGCAGCUCAACACAAAGCACACGUGGCCAACAUCGAGGUGGCAAGUCUCCACGCAACAUGGAGCUUAAGAAGAUUGCAGAAGAAACCAAAGCCGUUCUGCCAGCCGUCCUCAAACCAUUGCCUGGGUUCGGCGCUGAUGUCUCUUCGAUCCACGAUGUGAACGGACUUGUACCGCUUGACGCAAAGGAUUGCCCAAGACGUACCCUUCCUAAUGGUGACAAGGAUGCUGGCAGAGCAGGCACCAGGAUACGUGUCUUGGAUAAGGACUCUUUCGAUGCUGCUAUUGAGCUUCAGCCGAACUACAAGGCUCAUGUGCACCUCAGCAAUUCCUCGGCCUCAGCGACUGCAAGUUCAAUCAACAGCAAACCGGAUGUCAGUUCAGCCGCAGACGACGAGGAGAUGGAUCUGGAUGGUCUUCCACUGAAUCAACCGCAGCCUCCAGUCCCAUCCUGGGACCUCUCUGCCAAACCAUCGAAGCAGGCUAACCCACAACUCAGUCCAGCUACCUCUCGCCACACCUCAAAACCCGUCGCAGUCCUCAACCUCGCAUCCGAGCGCCACGCCGGCGGCGGCUGGCAAAACGGUGCCAUGGCCCAAGAAGAAGCCAUGUGCUACCGGUCCUCCCUCUACCUCUCUCUCCACAAAUCCUACUACCCCCUCCCCUCCCUCAGCGUGAUCUACACUCCCUCCGUCCUCAUCAUCCGCUCCGCCACAUCCGCCGGCCACAUCCUCUACACCGCCCCAGCUCCCGACCUACCCGUCACAUCCGUAAUCAGCGUCGCCGCCCUCCGGCACCCAGCGCUCACUGACGACAGCAAGAACUUCAAAAACAAGGACCAGCGCGCGGAAACGAAGAGGAAAAUUAGAAUUAGCUUGAGGGUUGCGGCGAGUAUGGGGCACACAAAGUUGGUGCUGGGGGCGCUGGGGUGUGGUGUAUUCAGUAAUCCGCCGACGGAGGUGGCCGAGUGCUUUCUCGAGGUAUUUAGGGAGAAGGAGUUCCAGGGGGGCUGGUGGGAGGACGUGGUGUUUGCGGUUAUGGAUAAUGCUAGGGGUGGCGAGGGAGGGAAGGGUGGGAGCGGGAAUUAUGGACAGUUCUAUCGUGUGCUGGAUGACCAGGUCGUAUAGGAGAGCUUGAACAGCAGAGACGAAGCCAGGGGCAAGCAAUGCGCUUUUGCAGCACCGACACAGCUCUUCGUGUACAGGGCAUACCUCACUUUAUCAACCGUGGAUUGCUGCUGUCGGUCAGGCGAUCAGGUCCUUUAUUCAAAGUAUAUCAAGCAGACAGCAACGCGGUUAUUUCGACAUGGUGACAUAUCUAUACAGGUAUCUCCUCCCACUAUAGCUUUUGCAAG